UUAUCCUCGCGAAUCGUCUAAGGACCAAUUUUUCAUUCCAUUUCAUUUUUUAUCCUUUUUACCUUUCUCGAUGAUCAAAUUUUUUUCGACGGCCAAAAUCGAAAGUGGCGUGAGAUAAAGAAAAUCUAUAUAGAAAUAUAACACGGAGAAGAGAAAAAUAAUAAAGAUUAAAACGAAGACAAAGAACAAGUGGAAAAAAAAAGAAGUAGUAAAAAAUAGCAAAAGAAAGGAAAAAAGAAAAAAUAAAAGAAAAUAGAAGAAAAAGAGGAAGGAGAGAAAGAAGAAAGAGAAGGAAGUAUAUAAAACAAUUAUCAAAGGAAUAGAAUCAAGAUGACAUAUUCAAGAUUACUCUUGUUCAUUCUAUUCGGUGAAUCCUUUCUCUUAUUUCAUUAUACCUUAGCCACGGACAUAAAAACGAUAAUGGAACGUACGUUGCCGGUUUAUGCUAUGCUCUCAAAUGCACAUUUUCUUAAUUCAACGACGUGUGCCAAGGAAUUGAUAAAUUUACGAGAUGCUAUCGAUCGGCGAGCAUUAUGGAGCUUAAAAGUAAUCGAUUCAAGUGGCGAACCAAUGUCCGGAUUUCUCUAUGGAAAUAAUUAUUGGUUUGGUAAACAAAGUCAAUGCGAAGAUACGAACAAUAGAAUUCCGUUAACAAUUAAUGAAAAUGAACUAAUAAAUAAUUCGAGAUAUCGUCACGUCGAAGAUGAAUUUCCACCGUACAAAAUCAAAUAUUUCGUCGCACGUUUCAGGCACAAUAGCACUUUGCAAUACCACAUUAGAGUAUAUAACGAAGAUUUGGUAACACUCGGAAUGUGUUUACCGGCCACCUGUUCAAAUGAUCAAUUAUAUAUUCUUCUUGAAAAAGUUUUAAGAGAUAGAAUUCUUAUUAUAAGUGACCUAUAUUCGAUUGAUCUUAAACUGCUCGAAGUAAAAAAUCUAAUUGACGAUUAUCAAUGGUUCUCAAGUAUAACAUUCAUAUCAGUCAUGUUUCUAUUAAUACUUACGUGCUUGUUAAUGCUAAUAGGAACGACCUAUGACAUUGUGAUAUAUCAAAAACGUUUAAAAAGGCACACUAAGCUUCUUCAAAUUUAUGAAAAUACUCAUUCUUCUCAAGACAAAACAAUCGAUAAUAAACAAUCAAACAUGGAUCCUGAGGAUAAGCCGAUAACAUUAAAACUUCAAAAUUCUAUUAGUAAAGUAUUUCUAGCUUUUUCGAUUUACUCGAACACGAAGGCAAUGUUUAAUACAAAACUGAAUGAUGAUUUUAUACCGAUUAUACAUGGUUUGAAAUUUCUAUCGAUGUUAUGGGUCAUUAUAGCACACACGAUAUUCUACAUCAGUGAUUAUACCGACAAUAAAGUAAUAGCCUUUAGAAAAUCAGAAUCUUUGGUUCUUCAAGUGAUAACCAAUGCGUCACUAUCGGUAGAUACAUUUUUUUUCCUCGGUGGUUUUCUCAUAACUUAUUUAUAUUUAAAUAAAGAACAGGAAAGGAAUAAACAUCGGCCACUGAAUUAUAUUAUUAAAUAUUACUUCAUGAAUAUCCUAAAAAGAUUUUUCAGAUUUACACCAUCUUAUAUGCUUACAAUGGGAAUAUUUGAAAUAACUUCAUUGCGGUAUAGUUAUACCUCGCAGUUUUAUAUGACAGAACGUUCAUACGAUGUCUGUCCAAAAUAUUGGUGGAGGAAUAUACUUUAUAUUCAAAAUUUGUUUGAUAGAAACAGCAUGUGCAUGUCUUGGAGUUGGUAUUUGGCAAAUGAUAUGCAAUUUUUUAUAAUAACUACAUUCCUGUUAAUAUUAUCAUCCAGGUACUUCAAAGUGGCCGCCAGUUUACUAGGUCUAUUGUUUAUCGCAUCGAUAAUCAUAACCGGCUACGUAUCACAUAUUCACAAUUACGUUCCUACAUUGGAUCAACAGUACCAUCUUUUAGAUGUCCUGUACGAUCCACCAUGGACUAGGAUAGGACCUCAUAUAGUGGGUAUAAUCACCGGUUAUAUCGUUAUCAAAUUGAACAAAGAAUUACGAUGGAAAAGGAAAACUAUCAUAUUAUUCUGGAUACUUAGUAGUACCUGCAAUAUAUUAGUACUUUUUGGAUUAUGGGAAAAAAGGAUAUCGGUUAUAAGUGCUACCUUUUAUGUUGCCCUUGCUAGAACAGCUUGGGCAGUCGGCUUGGCAUGGCUUGUAAUUGCCUGUGUCACAAAUCACGGAGGUAUUAUUACCAAGAUUCUUUCGUUCAAAAGUUGGAUACCAUUCAGUAAAUUAUCUUACUGUGUCUAUCUAUUAAAUCCUAUUGUUAUCAAUAUCAUUUACUUAAACAGCGAAAAUGUUAUUCACAUUGAUUUACUACCAAACGUAAGUUUAUCCAAUCAAUUAAAAUUUCUCUUUUUAUUAUUAAUUAUAUUUCAGAUAAUAAUACUAAUUAAUUUUUUCUUUUUUUCCUAUUCCUGUUUUUUUUUUUUUCUUUUUCUUUUUUUUUUCCCCCGUUCAUAUCCUCUUCCAGAUAAUAUUAUUUUUUGGAAACUUUGUGAGCACUUACAUAUGCGCUUACAUAUUUUCGAUGAUGUUCGAAAUGCCAUUCACCCUGUUGUUAAAACAAGUUUUUAAUUACAACGACGAUAGGAAAAAAUGAUCGAUCUUUGAUCUCCUUCCAUGGAUAUAUUUACAUUCAUUAAUUGAAUUUCACAAUGUUUUUUUUUUUUUAUAUUCUUUUGUAAUUUAUUGGAAAAAAAAUGUAUGUUUGGUUUUCUUUUCUCUCUCUCUCUCUCAAUCUCUCUCUCUCUCUCCCUCUCUCCCUCUCUCCCUCUCUCUCAUUUGUGUUUUCCCUUGUUUACGCGAUUUAAUGCAUUCCUUUUUUACAUUACACACUGAUAAUCGCGCAAUUAAUAUGAAUUAUAAUCGAUCGAAUGAUCUAA